CGUCUGUUGGUUAGCCAAAUUCGUAAUUAAGUUACAUGAAAUUCUGAAUGGAAACUGUCAAAUUCGAUUGAGAUUCAAAGUAACAAACAUUCUUCAGUGCAUACUAAAAUUUCAUUUGGUCUGAGCCAAUUUCGAGGCUGAAAUUAAGUUUUCCAUCUUGUUGAUGGGUUAUCUCUGGUGGGUUGAUUUUAGUUUUAUAGUAUUUUAAUAGAUUGUUAGUUUAGAAUCAAAGAAAUGAAACUAUGAAAGUGUUUGUUGCAUUCUGUUUCAAGCAUUUUGAGGGGUUUAAGCUUGUCGUUUUACAAUUUUGCUUGUUAAAAUUAAGUAAUUUCUAGGGUUUUGAUUGACUGGUAGUUUCGAGGAGUGUUUUCUUUUUUUGGAAUCAACAUUGAGGGGGCUUGCUGGGAAAAUUCACGAGAAUUAGAUAUUUUAGAACCAAAAGGUGUUGUGUUAAAGCUGUAAAUAGCGAUCAGAUGCAGAAUGAAGGUUCAAAUGGGACUAGCACCAGAGCUGGUGACCAAACCAGUAAUUUACCUGAACCUGACCUUGAGAAGCAGGGAAACAUCCCAGUGUUGCCCGAGGAGGAAAGACAGCCAGGCUCAGUUGGGGGUUCAGCUUGUGAGGCAAAUCCUACAUUGUUAACCAUUGCGGUAAUGAAGGGCGAGUCACAUGUGACUCAGCAGCCACUAGCUAAAUUAUCAAAAGAUGUAGACUCCAUUAAAGAGGAAUUGCCUCGUGUGGCUUCUCCAAAAAAGGGGUAUUUCUCGAGGACCACUAGUUCUCAUGAGCAAUGCAGAGUUUGUCAACAGGAGAAGGAAGAAGGUCUUAUAGAUCUUGGAUGCCAAUGUAAAGGUGGUCUUGCAAAAGCACACCGGUCUUGCAUUGACACUUGGUUUCGAACAAAAGGAUCCAAUGAAUGCGAGAUAUGCCAAGCAGUAGCUGUAAACGUGUCAGCUCCAGACUCCGAGACCAGUACAAAUUACUGGGUUUGGAGGGUUGAUCCAAGCUUUACGCCACAUGACCUUGAAAGGGGCUGUUUUAGUCCAUUAUGGGUGGCAUUCUCAAUCCUUAUUGGUGGUCUAUUGUUGGAUGUGUUAAUAUCCAUUACUCUUGGUGUCUCUGCACUGCCUGUUAACAUCUUAAUUGGUGUUAUUGUUGUCCUAGGACUUGGAACUGCCCUUCGACUUGCACUGGAAUUCUGCCAUGAGUGGAGUAUUAGGAGAGCCGUGCAAAGGGCAGAAACAAAUGCAACUCUUGGUUACCUUCCUGCUUUGGAUUAGAAGUACAGACAAGAUUGGCUUUAUACGGUACGGAGACACGUGCGUGUGCGAAUAAAGGUUAUGGCUUCCAAGGCCGGCCGAAUCUUUUCGAUCAUCGAAGUUAGGAAAUCAUUUUCAACCAACUUGUUUCAACGGUUUAUGUUUGAUCUCUCUUGAAAGUCUUGUCUAGCAUUUAGCAGUAGCUUAGUGGCAGACCAAUGAUGGAUAUCCAAGCGGACAGGACGAUGAAAACCAGUAAGCACUGGAGCCUGCGCAGGUCUUUUAAAUUAAUUAGACGGACGUAAAUAUUAACUCGUGAUUUUUGACAUCACCAAGUAAAAUAAUACGAAGCAUGUA